AUGAAUGGACACGCUGAUGAAGAAGUAUUUACAGGAACUCGAACACCUCCUGACCACACACCAAAACCUUCGUCAGGGAUAAAUAAAACAUCAAGGCCCACAAGUGCAAAGACGACAACCACACAAAUAGACAAUGUUGUAAAGACUAGUGUUACAGAAGGUCCAAUAGUACUAAACAACGAAACAGUAUCUAGGCCAACAUCAAAAUCAAAGGAAUCGUCAAGACCUUCGAGUGCCAAAUACAACGCAGCAGAUCUUCUCCCUGCAGAUGAAACAGAUACAUCAAAAACAUCUGACACUUUGAAUAACAUGAAUGAAGACCAGACAAAAGAUCAAUCUGAUCCAGGGAAAGAAAAUGUGACUGGGACAACAUCGUCGUCGUCUGGUCCACAUUCUAGACCUUCUUCAGGAAUAGAAGCAUCUAAGGUAACCACUGCAAUCGAAACCAAUGAUAAAAUACCUGGAGAUUCUUCACCUACAGGAAAAUUGUCACCUGUCAUUAAUGAAUCAAGUCCAGUACAUGAAGCUAAUAAAAUAUCAAGGACAAGUAGCCCUACUGACAAGAAAAUCAGUGACUUAAAUGAGGAAUUUGAAGUUGAGGAAACUAGAAAACAAUCAUCUUCUGACAAAUUUACAACAUCAAGACCAACAUCAGGUUCAGGAAGCGCAUCCAGACCAACAAGUGCGAGUAAGACCAUUAAAGUAAUAAAUGGACACUCUGAUGAAGAAGUAAUUACAGGUACUCGAACCCCUCCUGGCCACACAUCUAGACCUUCGUCAGGGAUAAAUAAAACAUCAAGGCCCACAAAUGCGAAGACGACAACCACACAAAUAGACAAUGAUGUAAAGACUUGUGUUACAGAAGGUCCAAUAGUACUAAACAACGAAACACUAUCUAGGCCAACAUCAAAAUCAAAGGAAUCGUCAAGACCUUCGAGUGCCAAAGACAACGCAGCAGAUCUUUUCCCUGCAGAUGAAACAGAUACAUCAAAAACAUCUGACACUUUGAAUAACAUGAAUGAAGACCAGACAAAAGAUCAAUCUGAUCCAGGCAAAGAAAAUGUGACUGGGACAACAUCUUCGUCGUCUGGUCCACAUUCUAGACCUUCUUCAGGAAUAGAAGCAUCUAAGGUAACCACUGCAAUCGAAACCAAUGAUAAAAUACCUGGAGAUUCUUCACCUACAGGAAAAUUGUCACCUGUCAAUAAUGUAUCAAGUCCAGUACAUGAAGCUAAUAAAAUAUCAAGGACAAGUAGCCCUACCGACACGAAAAUCAGUGACUUAAAUGAGGAAUUUGAAGUUAAGGAAACUAUAAGACAAUCAUCUUCUGACAAAAUUAGAACAUCAAGACCAACAUCAGGUUCAGGAAGUGCAUCCAGACCAACAAGUGCGAGUAAGACCACUACAGAAAUAAAUGGACCCGCUGAUGAAGAAGUAUUUACAGGUACUCGAACACCUCCUGACCACACAUCAAGACCUUCGUCGGGGAUAAAUAAAACAUCAAGGCCAAUCAGUGCAAAGACGACAACAUCAAAAUCAAAGGAAUCGCCAAGACCAUCGAGUGCCAGUAACAGCGCAGCAAAUCUUAUGUCUGAAGAUGAAACAGAUACAUCAAAAACAUCAAAGCAAGUGCAUGUAGUUAAUAAAAUAUCAAGGACAAAUAGUCCAGACGACACGAAAACCAGUGACUUCAAGGACAAAUUUGAAGUUAAGGAAACUAGAAGACAAUCAUCUUCUGACAAUAUUACAACAUCAAAACGAACUUCAGGUUCAAAAAGCGCAUCAACCCCUAAAAGUAGAAGUGAGAACACUAAAGAAAUAAAUGGACACGCCGAUGAAGAAUUAUAUACAUUAACUGAAACAUCUAUUGACCAGGUAUCAAGACGUCCUCGUCAAGUGAGUAAAACUCAAAGGCCAAUUGAAGAAAACAAACAAAUGGUUACAGAGGUAAAAGACAAACCUGAAGAUGUAGAAACACGUAGAAGGUCUUCAUCAUCAGACAAUAUAAGAACAUCAACUGGCACAACUAUAAUUGGAAAUGAUGAGAUAGAGGAGUUAAAUAACUUUACGAUGAUCGAGGUAGCAGGAAAAGAAAAUGCCACAACGACUACCAAUAAUAAAAUGAGGGCAAUAGAAGACGACAAAAAUACAUGCAUUUCACAAAUUGAAGAUUUGCGAGAAGAGCAAGGACUGUUACGAACAAAAAUAGAAAGAAAACAGGAAAAGAUCAUUCAGUUACAAAAAGAUUUUGAUGAAAUGAAAUUGGACAACAAAAGGAUUUCAGAAGAAGAACAAGAAAUAAAACAUCAUGUUGAAAAGCUAGAAUCAGAAAUACUAGUUUUUACUAAUAAUUUAUCUCAAGUAAGUGAGAACACAGAUGUCGUAUUGAGUCAGUUUCAUGAAUUAAGAGUACAUAUUGAAAACGAAAGUAAAAUACACGAUAGACAACAUGACAACAAAUAUAGCAAGGAGUUUAUUAAUGAUACUCAAACAUUAGACACUGGAAUGAUGGAAGAGACGAAUAACGGUAUUCAUCAUAUUAACAAAGAAAAAGUAAAAGGAGAAAAGUGUCACAAUGCACAAGAAGAUGUUAGAAAAUAUGAUGAACAGCAAAAGAGUGCAUAUCAAGAAUUAGAUAACAGAAUCAAAGAGUCUAAUGAAUUGUUAAAAAAUUAUCACGAAUUUGAUAAAACGCUUCACGCUACAAAUCAUCAACAUUUAAUUGAGAUAAAGCAAACCAUUGAGAAUAUAGGAACACACAAUGAAAAACAUCGAGAACCGGAGCAAAAUAGUCAAGAAAACAAUCAAAGCGCUGGAGAAAAGAAUACACUUAUUUAUGAAAUGAAAACACAAUUUAUUGAAUUAAAAGAAUUUAUAGAAAACGACAUGAUUGUAAAACACAAACAAUACAAAGAUACUACCAACUUUCAUGAAAGUAGUUUUGCAGAAGUAAAAUUUUCUUCUGCAAAAAAUGUUGAUGAUGAUAGAAACUAUCAUGACCAACAACGGAACGAACUGCGACAACUGCGACAGGCAGUAGAGGGCAGCAUUAAAAUUCAUGAAGCAGAGGGAGAGAAUAACAGAAAAGCUCAUGAUAUCCAACUUAAAGAGUUCCAUGAGUUAAAGAAUAUAGUAGAAAUUAGAAUGAAAGAUAUUCAAAGUCGUCACACAGAAGAAGAGGGAGAUGAUCACUACGUUCUCAAAUACAUUAAUCACAUCAAAGAACACAUGAACGUGUUUGAACAGACACUUAAAGAUGAUAGAAUAUCACAUGAGUGUCAGACUCAAGAAUUUAGAGAAUUACGACAACUGCUGGAGAAUGAUAGACGUGUAAAUAAGGAGUUAGUUGAAGAGAAAGAAAAACAUAACGGCGAAUGGAAAGACGAAAUGAAAGCAAUUAAGACAGCUAUAGAAAGUGAUAUCAAAAUGCAUGAAGAACAUAGCAAAUUGUUCGGUCAAUACCAGAAAAGCCAAGAACAAGAAUUCCAUGAACUCAAGAAAGCAGUAGUAAAUUCUCAGGCAAACAAAGUUCACAAGGACGCCCAACCAGGAGAACAUACCGAUAGAUUUGUCAAUACCUACAGUCAGGUAGAUCAGUUGAAACAAUUUUUGUCAAAUAAUAGCGAAUCCCAAAACAAACAAAUAGAGGACUUAAAAGUUCUCAAACAAACAAUAGAAAUUGAUAUGAAGCUAAGGGAAGAACAAAGGGAGAAUGACAGAAAAGCUCUUAAUGAAAAUAUGAAUGAGAUAAAACAUAAGCUUGGAUCUAUCUUAGUAGCCUGUGAUAAACAGCACGUGGCACCUACCAUUGAACAAAGUAAUGAAAGGCGGGACAACCUUGACAAUGGAAAUCAAGGGGAGGUUAUAACUUAUCAUUUUAAUAUAAUAAAAAAUAUGAUUGAAAAAGAUAUGCUUCUCCAAGAUAAUAGAAGAGAGGCUGAAAGAAUACACAACAAAAAACAGCAAAUGGAAACACAAAAGUUGAUUACAAUAUUAGAAAAUGACAGAGAGUUAAGAGCAGAACAACGUCAAGAUUUCUUAAAUCUAAAGGAAAAACUUGACAGUAAUAGAAAAUUUCAAGAAAACCAGGUGGAGGUUCAGGAAUCAUAUCAUAAUAAUUUGAAAGAGUUAGAAAAAACUUUUGAACGUUAUACGUCAUUACAAGUCAAAACAAGCAGUCCAGACGACUCAAAACAACAAGGUUAUAUUUCCAAUACUAUUCCUAAUAGCAUGAACAGCCAUUUUGAGGAUCUGAAUCAAAGUAGUGAACGUAGAAUAAUACUUCAAGACGAACAACUGCGUGAUGGAAACAUGAUUCAAGAACAACUACAAAACACAUUACAGAAGUUGAAUGGUAAUAUAGGUGAUAAUAUUAAACAUCUGAAAGAUAUGAAUGACAGACAAGAAAUCUUGCAUGGAAUAGAACUUAAUGAAUUUAUAGAAAUAAAACAAAAAAUUGAUGCUAGCAACAAAUAUCAAGAAACACAAAAACAAUCGGUACAAGAAAUGAUAGGAAAAAUGGAAAAUGGAAACAAGCAACUACAAAAGACGUUGCUGGUUGAUAGAAAUUUCUACGAAGAACAACGAGAGAAUGAUCGAAAAUACUAUACAGAAUUACGACAGAGUGAAACAAGAAUUACUGGAAAUCUGUAUGAAGAUUAUAGUCGCUCACAACAAGAACUGAAAAACGUCAGUAUGGAACUACAUACUGAAACUAAAAAAUGCUUAACAGGUAGAAUUACAGCAGUACUUGAUGUGUGUCAAGAAACAUCUGAAAUAGUAAAAAGUCUAGACAAGAGACCUCUUGCUGCUAUUAAGCAAACUGCAGACAGUGCACCAGUUGUACACGAUUACGUCGAAAGAAUAGACAACCAUUUUUAUGAAUUGAAACAUACAAUGGACAAAGACAGAAAACGACAAGAAAAACAACAUGAUGAAAAAUUGAAAUUGAAAUCGGAGCAAAGAGAACACAAGAAGAAAAUCAAAGAAAAACAUAGAGAGGAAGAUAAAAAAUCCCAAGAGGAGUUAAGAAAACAGGAAAACCAACUAAGGGAAAACCAAAUUGAAGAGAUGCAAAUAUUGAGAUUAACUGUUGAAAAUGACAAAAGAAUUCAAGGUAAACAGCAAGAGGAAACCACAAGGUUAAUAAAGAAAAACAACAAGGAUAUAUUGGAUUUGAAACAAGCGAUCGAUGAUGAAAGACAGCUACGAGAAAGGCAUAGACGGGAGACGAGGCUGAGUAAAGAUGAAAGUAAACAAAAUGAUACAAAAUGGAUAGAAAAAUUAUGUGAUGAUACUUACAUAAUGAAAACCCAGUUUCAAGAACUGAAUGAAGUUUUUACAAGAGAUCGAAAGCUUUAUGAAAGACAGAGAGAAGAAGAUAUAUUGUAUCGCGUAGAGCAAAGAGAUCAUCAGAAAACUAUCCAUGAAAAACAACGAGAAGAAUUUCAGUUAUUAAAGGAAGAACUAGCAAAAGGCAGAAAAUAUCAGGAAAAUCAGCGCGAGGACAUUGCAAAAAUGAGAACAAGAUUUGAAGAACUAAAACAAACCAUUGACUGGGAUAGAAAUUUCCAGGAUAAACAAAAGGAUAACGAAAGGAAAAAUCUGGACGAACAACGGCAGAUUGACAGGAGACUUUAUUACCAACAAAAAGAACAGUUUCAAGAAUUAAUGAAAAGUGUUGAGAAUGAUAGAAAAAUAAAUAAAGAAAAUGUGCAAGAAAUGAAUGGCAACAUAAGCCAAAUAAUAAAAGCUGUCAAAAAGCCCAAAUCCUUGUCUAAACCCGAAAAGAAAAGUAUGGUUGCGGAAAAGGAAUUCAGGGUAAAGAAGCGAAAGACGACUGAAAAGGUCUUUCUUCAAAGGCGUAAAGGUAUAGAAAUUGUAGUCCUGCCAAAAAUUCCGUCAAACAUUACCAGCAGAGCACGCGAAGACUUGCACAAAGAAAAAACAAAGAAAAAAACAACGAAAACAACCAAGAAGAAAAAGAAGAAAAAGAAAUUAAUUUUAUGAUAAUUUAGCCAUGUACUAAUAGUAAAAUGGGACUAAUAACAUUUGUUUCAUAUGUUGAUUCAUGUACAUGUAGAUAUAUGCGCUUGAUUUGAAAUUAUUGUGAAGUCUUUGGUAAUAUUUGAUUUAUAUAUACUAUUAUUAUUCCAAAACAUAUGAUUUAUAUUUACGUAAUUAAACAGAUUUUAAAUAGUGA